GCCCGAUUCCAGCCCAAUCAACAGCCUAGCGAGCAGAAUGCAAAAUGAUCUGAAUCCCUCUAAUACCUCGUUGUCGCCCGUUGGCAACAGCCAUGCCUUACCUUCGUCGCCGAUUCAAGCAGGCCGAAAGAGAAAAGCUCCCUCCGGUUCUCGAGGCGUCGCCAGCCUCACCCCGGAUCAGCUUGCGAAAAAGAGAGCCAAUGACCGCGAAGCUCAGCGCGCCAUAAGAGAGCGGACGAAGCAGCAGAUUGAGAGUCUCGAGCGCAGGAUAGAAGAACUGACUUCACAACAACCAUAUCAAGAGCUGCAGGCGGUCAUCAAACAGAAAGAUGCCAUUCAAGCAGAGAACGAUGAGAUUCGCAGAAGACUAGCCUCGGUCAUGAGCAUCAUUCAACCCAUUGUCGGAGCUCAGGGUUUGACAGAUCUCGCAACAGCUGCGCAGCACAAUGUCCAGACAGCGAUCGGCCAGCAACCCAACGCUUUCCAUCCCAGCAACCUCCCACCUUCCGAUCCCUACCUUAACGGCGAGCAAAAUGGUCGCGAAUUCUCAACGCCACCAAAUGUCCCUCACAACCAGAUGGACAGCUCGGCGUAUCCUUCACCGUUUCCACAGGAAGAGCAGAAUGAGGGCAACAGGACCUGGCCUGCGUCAAGAGAUGCACUCAACCAGCAACGGGACAAUCUCCAGCGUAGCCUGGAGCUCAACGAUUCUGGCGAACGUUUGAACUUCAACUUCCUCCUCGACAGCCUCGGCCAGCGCACUGCUAAUCCACUUCAACAACAAACAACCUCACCUUUGCGCCGCUCUUCUGCCUACCCGGCAAUCGCACCCAGCCUCAGCGACCAGCAAUUUCAGAACCCCUGGACCGCUCUGCCGAAGAACGUCCCGCCGACCUGUCCUCUCGAUGGCCUUUUACUGAACUUUCUCCACUCGCGCCAGCGCGAGAACACCAACCCCGACAACCUCCUCAACCCAGCAUAUCCCUCCGUCUCCUCCCUGCUCAAUCCCUCUGGCGACCACCGCCUUGACCCGCUCUCCCAACUCAUGACCGACAUCAUCUCCAAGUUCCCAAACAUAUCCGAACUGCCCGAACAAGCUGCAACGCUCUUCGUCAUGUUCGUGCUCAUGCGCUGGGAAAUCAACCCAACACAGGAAAACUACGAGCACAUCCCAGAAUUCUUCCGGCCAACGCCUGCACAGGUGUUCACUCCGCAUCCGGCGUGGGUGGACCACGUCCCCUGGCCGCGCAUGCGGGAUAGACUGGUUGCGAGUUACCACGAGUACCCGUUUGAGAACUGGUUUAUACCUUUCACAAGCGAUUUGAGCGUCAAUUGGCCGUAUGACGCUGUUGAUUGUCUGCUGGCGACGUCGGAAAAGGCCGAGCCUGUGAUGAACCCGGUGUUUGAGCGCCAUAUUCGCCGGCUUGAGAACUGGUCGGUCGGGCCCGGGUUUGCAGAGGCGUUUCCCGGACUGGUGGAAACGACGAGGAUUCAGAAGCGGACGGUGAAGAAGACUGGGACGGCGGCGGGGACGGCGACCUCGUGAGCAACGGAAGGGUGUCACAGAGGGUUCUUAUGGCGUGGACAGGAAAUUGUACAAGGUGGUUAGGCGGAUGCUUGAUAUGAAUAGGGGGGAUUCGCUUCUCACGAAAUUGAUACCCAUGGACGUGGAAGAAGCGAGCCUGGCGCCGAUUGUAAUAUCGAACGAUACUCAAAUGGAGAGGCGUGUUGAAUUAGGAGAGGAGACUGAUUUUGAAUGUUACUGAUGCUGAUACUUGUUUGUCUGCGACUAAAGCUAUUGCUAACGCUAAUGCUAAGAAUGGAUCAAGGGCCAGCUCGUCCAGCU